GUUCCCCGUUUGGGAGGCUGGUUUUCCGACUGCCUGUGUCUUCCUUCACAGAAAGACCCAAAUUACCAGAUAAUUAUACUCAGGAUACCUGGCAGAAACUUCAUGAAGCUGUGGGAGCGAUACAGAGUAGCAUUUCUAUUAAAUACAACCUCGAAGAGCUCUACCAGGCUGUUGAAAAUCUCUGUUCUUACAAAGUCUCUGCUACGCUGUACAAACAACUGCGACAAGUCUGUGAAGAUCAUGUGAAAGCACAAAUCCUUCAAUUUAGAGAAGAUUCUCUGGAUAGUCUUUUAUUUUUAAAGAAGAUAAAUAAAUGCUGGCAAGAUCAUUGCAGACAAAUGAUAAUGAUCAGAAGCAUUUUCUUAUUUUUGGAUCGUACAUAUGUACUUCAGAAUUCAAUGCUUCCUUCUAUAUGGGAUAUGGGGCUAGAGUUAUUUAGAAAUCAUGUCAUUAGUGACAAGCAAGUUCAAAACAAGACUAUUGAUGGAAUCCUCCUGCUGAUCGAACGAGAACGAAACGGUGAAGCUGUGGACAGAAGUUUGCUGCGGAGUUUGUUGAGCAUGCUGUCUGAUUUGCAGGUUUACAAGGAAUCAUUUGAACAGAGGUUUCUGGAAGAGACAAAUUGCUUAUACGCUGCAGAAGGCCAAAGAUUAAUGCAAGAAAGAGAGGUCCCAGAAUACCUUCACCAUGUUAGUAAACGUUUGGAAGAAGAAGGAGACAGAGUAAUAACAUACUUAGACCACAGCACACAGAAACCACUGAUUGCUUGUGUGGAGAAACAGCUGUUAGGAGAACACUUAGCAGCUAUUUUGCAAAAAGGGCUUGAUAACCUGCUUGAUGAAAAUAGAAUAUCAGAUUUGACCCAGACAUACCAACUUUUCAGCCGGGUAAAAGGUGGGCAACAGAUCCUUUUGCAGCACUGGAGUGAAUACAUCAAGAACUUUGGGACAACAAUAGUGGUUAAUCCUGAAAAAGACAAGGAUAUGGUGCAAGAGCUACUAGAUUUUAAGGAUAAAGUGGACCAUAUCAUAGAAGUGUGCUUUCAGAAAAAUGAAAAAUUUAUAAACUUGAUGAAGGAGUCCUUUGAAACAUUUAUCAACAAGAGACCAAAUAAGCCUGCAGAAUUGAUAGCAAAAUAUGUGGAUUCCAAGUUAAGAGCUGGUAAUAAAGAAGCAACGGAUGAAGAGCUGGAAAGAAUCCUUGACAAAAUUAUGAUCAUAUUUAGAUUCAUUCAUGGUAAAGAUGUAUUUGAGGCAUUUUAUAAGAAAGACUUGGCCAAAAGACUGCUGGUUGGAAAAAGUGCAUCAGUAGAUGCUGAGAAGUCCAUGUUGUCAAAGCUUAAACAUGAAUGUGGUGCUGCUUUUACCAGCAAACUGGAGGGCAUGUUCAAGGACAUGGAACUGUCAAAAGAUGUCAUGGUUCAGUUUAAGCAGUAUAUGCAAAACCAGAGUGACCCAGGAAAUAUAGACCUCACAGUAAAUAUAUUAACUAUGGGAUAUUGGCCAACUUAUACACCUAUGGAAGUCCACUUAAAUUCAGAGAUGAUAAAGCUUCAAGAGGUAUUUAAAACUUUUUACCUGGGAAAGCAUAGUGGUCGAAAGCUUCAGUGGCAGACCACUUUAGGGCAUGCUGUCCUAAAGGCAGAAUUUAAGGAAGUAAAAUUUCAAGUAUCGCUCUUUCAGACAUUAGUGUUGCUUAUGUUUAAUGAAGGAGAUGAAUUCAGUUUUGAAGAAAUUAAAAUGGCCACUGGUGUAG